CGCCGGCAUCCUGUAGACUCCGUCGCUACCGCUGGGGAUGGGGGGGCCACAUUGCCGGCGGGCCGCCAAAUGCCGGACGUCGGCGGAGAAUCCGAAUUCCAUGGCCUUCUCUCAGCUGACCCUUUCGUGCUCGCCCCUUCAACGGGGAUUCUUAUAAUGAGAAAGAAACAGAGAGAGAGAGAGAGAAGUUCCUCUUUUUUUUUUUUUAUUUAAUCGCACGCUCGGCUCGCUUUUUCAGUCUCGUUCUUUCGAUCUUUCGAUCUGAUUUCGGCGGAGAAUCGGUUCCGAUCAAUCGGCAUUAGGAACUCUGAAUCAGUAGCUUUACUUCUAGGAAAUUAUGAUAUAGGUUUCCUUGCAUUCCUCUCCAAGAAGUGGGGAGAAUGGCAACUAGUAAAUCUCAGUCUCUUUGGUGGAACAGCUAUAUCAGUUCAAGAAAUUCAAAAUGGUUGGCUGAAAAACUUCAAGAGACGGAGCGCUUGGUUAAUGAAAUGCUGAAACUGAUUGAAGAAGAUGGUGAUUCAUUUGCAAAAAAGGCUCAGAUGUACUACCAAAGACGACCAGAAUUAGUCGCCCGUGUUGGGGACUUCUACCACUUGUACCGCACUCUUGCAGAGCGUUAUGAUAUUGUAAUCAGUGAAAUUUCAAAGAAUAUCCCUUCUGAAUUCCAAUCUCAAGGUUCAGUUAAUGGUUCUGAAUUUGGCUUAGAAGCUGCUUCACUCUCUGCUCCUUCCUCCCCUCACCUGUCAUUGAAAAAUAAGCCAAACCAACUUCAGCCAAUUUGGAAAGCUUCCAGUUUUGAAGGCCUCAGAGAAAGAUCUAAUCUUUGUAAGAUGGGUUCUGAUGAAUCAUCAUCAGAAUCUAGUUCUGAAUGUGAUAAUGGCAAGGUUAUAGAUAAUUAUGAUAACUUUUCUAAGCUGGAAGAAAGGAUAUUUGAAUUGGAACAAGAGCUUUGUGCCGCGAGAGCCAAGCUUCACAAUUGUAAGAAUGAGCACAAAGAAAAACUUGAAGAUUUGGUGAACACUGAACAUUUAGAUUUGUCUUCCACCACUUCAUCUGAUAAAAACCUUAUGGAUUUGGUAAAGCAAAUUCAAGUAUUUCGAACCGACUUACGGGAUCGUGAAGAAGAGAUCGAAGAUCUCAAGGGAGCAAUGGAGGCUGCCGCCAAUCGAUUUGAGACUGAAAUUUCAUGCAGGGACAAUAGUAUUAAAUUGUACAAGACAUGGAUAGAUGCAGUUUUUUACAAGUUUGUUCGAGAUAAUUCAUCUCCUUGCGCCGAGCUUAAAAAUGUCAUUUUUGAAGAAAAAGAUGAUGAUGAACAAACAUCAGAUCAUAAAAUGUCUAUGCUGGAUGCCAAACUUUCCAGCCUUAUGGCCUCAAACAGCUCCUAUGAAUCAAAGAUUCAAUUUUUUGAAGCAAGGGUGAAGCAAUUAGAGGCUGAGAAGACUGAAAUCAGCACAGAGAGUAAGGAACAGAUAAAUCAACUAAAUCAAAGUAUUCAUGAUUUUAAGAUGAAAGUUGAUAUGUUAACAUUGGAGAAAGAUGAGCUCAGUGCUGAAGUGCUCAGGCUGGUUGAGGAUAUCGAAACUUGGGACGAUGAGUCUCGUAAGAUCGACGAACAACUCCGCGAAUUGCAAUUGGAGCAUGACAAGCUGAUCCAAGAAGGCGAGGAUGCACGAAAAGCCUCGGCGGAACUAACAAAUCAAGUUAGAGAGCUCGAAGAAGAGGUGGAAAUGCAGAGAGGGGUGAUUGUUGAUUGUGCCGAGGGGAAGAAGGAGGCUAUCAAACAUCUGUGCUUCUCGCUAGAGCAUUAUCGUGAAGGCUACCAGCAGCUAAGGCAGCUCCUACAGCUUAAAAUCAAAGGCCUCAUUUAAAGAAGAUGCAGCUCAAAAAACAAAAUUUAAUGACUUUGCUUGCUUGAUCUUCCAAUUCAAAACAGGUUUGUUGGUAAUUUAUACAAGGCAUUUUACAUUCAGAGCACACAAUUCUAGUGCAUUUACACAUAUGACACCGAAAAUUUCAUACUUAUAUGCAUAGCGCUCAAAUCUUUAAUAUUACAUCAAAAAUAACA